CCAACACUCUGCAUGAGUGUGUGUUUUGGUUUUUUGGAUUUUUUUUUGUGUGUUUUUACAGUUCAGAGUUUCUUUUCAUUGGAGACCUGACAGAAAACCUGCCGGUGUAACGCUGGCUAUGGACAUGGCGUUGGAGGAUAUUUUAAAAUAAGCGCUGAAAGGGGAGAUAAUAUUCCUGGAAGAGUCACCUAACUGGACCUCAGGUCACAAGGUGAAUCAUGGAGGUUCCAAAGACGACUGCAGGAACAUUACUCCUUCUUUUAGUGAUUUUCUUCCUGCAUGUGGCAAUGGGAAAAGGAAAGGACAGCUCUCCACUUAAGUUCACGCAUCAUCUCUACAACGCCACCAUCAAUGAAAACUCUCCCCCUCACAGAUACGUUGAGACGCCUUUGAAAAUGGGCAUCCGGCUGACAAAUCCGCCGUGGAAUAUCACGUAUAACAUCGUUGCAGGUGACGAUGACAACUUUUUCCUAGCAGAAGCGCUCUCAGUUGGGGAUUUCUGCUUCCUCAGAAUCAAAACCCGCAGCAGCAACUCGGCUCUCCUCAACAGGGAGGUCAGAGACACUUAUACUCUCACGGUGGAGGCAACGGAGAACAGUUUUCAGGCAAAGACAAAGGUGCACGUUAAGGUACUUGACACCAAUGACUUAAAACCCCUGUUCUACCCCGCCUCGUACAACGUGGUGAUCAGGGAGGACGCUCCGCUUAAGUCGAGUGUGGUCAGAGUCAGUGCUACAGACGCAGACAUUGGGAGCAACGCUGAGUUUUAUUACUCAUUCACCAGCAGAGCUCAUCCUUUUGCUGUUGACCCCUUCUCAGGCACGGUGACCUUGGUCAAAAAGCUCAACCACACCCGGACGCAGAGAUACGACCUCACUGUUUUAGCAGAGGACCGGACAAAAAAGAUAUCUGGGGUUCAGAAAUUUGGAAAUGUUGCCCGGGUCACAGUAAACGUACAAAAAACCCCUUUGGGGUUGUUGGAGAUCACACCUCCCCCAAAACCGUUGGUGUCUGCAGAUGGAAAAAUAGAUAUCAGUGUCCACGUGGAAGCAAGAGUUAAGCCUGUGGAAUCCCUAAAUAUUGUUGCGGGGGAUCCCCAGAAAUGUUUUGAGAUAAUCCCCUUAGGUGUGCAAGGCGCUGACUUCCAAGUGAUCUCCACAAAGAGGAUUAAGUGGUCUCAAACUCCUUUUGGCCUCAAUCUGUCCCUCCAAGCUAAAGAUAGAAGUAUGCCAAGUUUACUCUCUCCAGUUACACAAAUCCACAUUCCAGCCGAUCAUUACAGCCCAUUGGCGUUUCUGGAGGACACCUACAUCGUGACCCUAAGUGAGUUCUCCCCCCCUAAAACUCACGUGGUUAAAGUUUCGGUCACCUCAGUAGACUAUAAUGUAACAUUUAGUAUAAAAAACAACCCAGACAGCUCAAACUUCAAGAUAAACCCUAAAACUGGGAUUAUUGUAACAGCAGAGAAAUUUGACUACGAGAGAAAAAAUCGAUAUGAAUUUGAGGUCGUCGCCAACCACGGUGAAGCGGAGACUCAUAUUGUAGUUGAAAUAACAGAUGAAAAUGACAACAGCCCCCAGUUCACACAGACAUCCUAUCAAGCCACAAUAGAUGAAAAUGCCCCUGUUGGUAGUAGUGUGUUGAAAGUUUCUGCUUUGGACAGCGAUAAAGGAAAAAAUGGCUUUGUGACCUACUCGAUUGCAAAUCCAGGCCCUUUACCUUUCACGAUAGAUCCGUUGACGGGAGUCGUUUCCACCUCUGAACACUUGGACUAUGAGCUGAUGAAGCGGCGGUAUCACCUGAGGGUUUGGGCCUCGGACACUGGGAGCCCCUUCAGUCACGUCAGUGAGUGCCCUGUGACCGUAACCCUAAACAACGUCAACGACAACGUCCCUAUGUUCGAAAGGAUUGACUGCAACAUCACUAUACCUCAAGACUCACCGGUGGGGACCACAGUCGCUGAGCUUUCGGCCAUUGACUUAGAUGAGCUGCAACAGUUACAGUAUGUCAUCGAAACGGGCAACGAGCAGCAAGUUUUUGAUAUUAACCCUGUUUCUGGAGUUAUCACCACCGCAAAGCCCAUCCCCCCACAAGAGGGCUCGUUCACAUUACGAGUUGUAGUCACAGAUGGCAAGCAUCAUUCUGAACCUUCAAUCGUCAGGGUGACUGUCACGAACAAAGGCGAUGCUGCAACACUCCGCUGCUUGGAAACGGGCAUAUUCAAACAGCUGACGGAUAAAUUGAUAGAAUCAAUCAAGCCAGUUUUAAUCAAUCAGGAAGAGGAGUCGUAUUCAGAUAUCCACAUCACAAAUCGGUAUUCUCCCAAGUUUCUGACAAGUAUUCCUAGUUCAAUUGAUGUCUCUGAGAACCAUCCACUGAAUUCCACCAUUCUCCAGUUCAAGGCAACAGACGGGGAUUCGGGGUUCAACAGUAAGCUGGUAUACGCCAUAUCAAGCGGUAAUGAGGACGGCUGUUUCUCAGUUGAUACUUUCUCGGGGGAUCUUCAGCUAGUUUGCCCUCUGGACAGAGAGAUGAAGGAGUUCUACAUUCUGAACAUCACCAUUUAUGACUUGGGAAUACUGCAAAGAUCCGCGUGGAAAUUUAUAGCCAUUAAUGUCAUGGAUGCCAAUGACAACCCCCCUUAUUUUGGUCAGUCCAGAUAUGUGUUGCGUGUGCCUGAAAACACGGAGGUGAACUCGGUUAUCUUCACAGCUGAAGCCGUAGACGUGGAUACUGAUCUGAACGGUAAAGUCCAGUACUCCCUCCUGACGUCUACCGACAUGUUCAGAAUCGAUGAGUCCACCGGAGAGGUGAUUGUCACAGGUCCACUGGAUCGAGAAACCUCCCCCAGGCACGAUCUCUUGAUUGAAGCGAGAGACUCGGCUAAACUCGGCCCUCAGCUGUUCUCCACCGUCAACCUAGUGGUGAUUCUGCAGGACGUGAAUGACAACCCACCCAAAUUUGUACCCAAAGUGUAUCACGUAAAGGUUGCAGAGGAUGUUCCCAUCGGCACCCUGCUUGUCUGGCUGGAAAGUGUGGACAUGGACUUGGGCAGUGGAGGCCUCGUCACUUACAAUCUCAAGAAGACUGAGAACGGCAUCUUUCAUCUCGACUCCCUCACGGGAGCUUUGACCCUUGAGCGAGAGCUGGACUUCGAGAGGAGGCCGUCUUACAACCUUACGGUGCGAGCUGUGGACCACGGCCUCCCCCGAUCCCUCUCAUCCUCCUGCUUUGUUGAGAUUGAGGUUCUGGAUGUGAACGAGAACCUCCACAGGCCCAUCUUCUCAGAGUUUGUGUACAAAGCUGCAGUGAUGGAAGAUGCAGCAGUGGGGACGUCCGUGGUGACGCUCACAGCUUCGGACAAGGAUCGUGGCAGAGAUGGAGUCAUCCGGUACCGUAUCCAUGACGGCUCAGGCCUCGGGGUGUUUUCCAUCGAUGAAGAAACAGGUGUGAUUCGCACCAAAGAGACCCUGGACCGUGAAAUGGUUCCACACUACUGGCUCUCGGUGUACGUGACGGACCUGGGGACCGAGCCCCUGGUCUCCUGGACUCACGUCUUCCUGGACGUGCUGGACGUCAACGACAACGCUCCGGAACUUUCCCAGCCCGUGUAUUUCGCCUCCGUCCAGGAGAACGUUGCCGCGGUGGCGUCUGUCGUCCGGGUGUCCGCCACGGACGCUGACGCGUCCUCCGAGGGGAGGCUUUCCUUCCAGAUGCCGGAAUCUCAUCAAAUGUUCUUUGACGUUGAUCCAAAAACAGGCGCGAUCAGCACUCACACGGCUCUGGACCGAGAGGAGAAACCCGAACACAGCAUCGAGGUAGUCGUGUCGGACAACGGAUCUCCGGCUCUAAGAUCCACGGCCACGGUUGUGAUCCGAGUCACGGACGCCAACGAUAACCGACCAAAGUUCACGGACAAACUUUUCCACGUGAAGCUGCUGGAGCAGCGGCGCCACGCCGGGGAACGGGAGGUCUGCAGGAUGGUCGCCCGCGACGACGACGAGGGCGUGAACGCCAUGGUGACCUACAGGCUGCAGGACGACGGCGACGGGCGGUUCCACAUCGACCCCGUGACGGGCGUGGUGACGGCACACGGAGACUUCUGGCCCGGGAACUACAGCAUCCUCACGAUCAAAGCUACGGACCAAGGCAGCCCGUCGUAUUCGUCCACAUCUCGACUGGACAUUGAGUGGGUGAACAGCCCGUCGCCCUCCACCGAACUGAUCACCUUUGAGGAGCCGCACUUCACCUUCGCUGUCAUGGAAACGGAGCCCGUAACGCACAUGGUGGGGAUCAUCAUGACGGAGACGCACCGGCCGCUGCUGUGGUUCCACAUCCUGGGUGGCGAUGAAGACAAAGACUUCGACAUCCAGAGGAACUCGGGAACCAUCACGAUCGCCCGCCAGCUCGACGCCGCUCGACACUCCAACUACAACCUGACGGUGCAGGUUACCGACGGCAACCACAGCGCCACCACACAGGCCUACAUCCGCGUGCUGGACAUGAACGAGCAUCGGCCCGUCUUCCUGAAACCGCUGUACGAGGUGAGAGCUCCAUUUCACUUAAGUAAUGUGGAUAACAUCUUCUCCAUAGACCCAGAGUUGGGCUCCAUCACCGUCUCCAAACCUCUGGACCUGCAGCCUCAGGACCAGUUCCACCUGACGGUGAAGGCCACGGAUCAGGGCUUCCCCCAACGCUCCGACCUCUGCUCCGUCCACGUCCACGUCCGCAUCUCCGACCAAACCCCCCCCUUCCCCUCCGAUGAAUACCUAACAGAGAUUAGUGAAUUAAGUGCUCCGGGCACCCCGGUGAUUACUAUCUCAGCCUUCAGCCCAGCCGGAGUUAAUUACGGGAUAGAGAGAGGCAACAUAAACGGGACAUUUUACAUCAAUCCCUACACCGGCUUGAUUUCAACCCAAAGGCAUCUUGAUUUUGAGAAUGGUGAGGCUUACGAGCUCAGGGUUACGGCUUCUACCACGGUGGGGUCCUUGUCCAAGACUCUGGUUCACGUCUACGUGACUGACGAGAACGAUAACGCUCCAGUUUUCCAGCGGAGCCGGUAUCACGGCCAAAUCAGCGAGUCGGCUCACGUAAACAGCAUGGUGAUGGGAGAGAGAAACACCCCGCUCGUCAUCCGCGCCUCCGACGCAGAUCGAGAUUCAAAUUCCCUGCUGACGUAUCAGAUCCUUGAACUGGAGGCUCUGAAAGUCUUUAAAAUAGACUCCAACAUGGGAACUAUUUCUCUAAUCUCACCUGUUGACUUUGAAGCCAAGGCCGAGUAUCGCUUCACGGUGCAGGUGAAGGACUCCGGGGAGCCGUCGCUGUACGCAGCCGAGCCUGCCAAGGUCACCGUUCGCAUCCUGGACCUGAACGACUGCGAGCCGCGAUUCACCGCCCCGACGUACCGGUCGUCAAUCAUCUCUCCAGCUGUCAGAGAUGCAGAGGUGGCGCGUGUCACGGCUCACGACGCCGACUCGGCCGUCUCAUACAGCAUCGCCGAGGGAAAUCUUAACGGUGCCUUUUCAAUUCAGCCCAACAGCGGAGUCAUCACCGUGAGCAACGUGUCAGAGUUCAGGCCGUUUUACCAGCUGGUCGUCAGAGCGUCCGACGGCCUCUUCAAAGACUCGGCCACCGUCAGGGUGAAUGUCACAAACCUGACAGCAAGCGAUCUCGCAUUUGAGCAGAAACUGUACUCGGCAAGCGUUGCAGAAAACCUGAAGUCUGUUAAGACUUUAUCAGCGCUCAAAGUCUCCGGAUGCUUUUUAAAUGAGCCUCUUUUGUAUUCCAUCAUAAAUCCGUUGGGGAAAUUUGCAAUAUCCCAGACAUCAGGUGUGCUUGAGACCACAGGUCUCCCCUUCGACCGGGAGGAACAGGAUGUUUACGACGUAGUCGUGAAAGUGCAGGACAUGAGAACACCGGCCAGGACAGCCACAACCCAGCUUAAAGUUGUUAUAGAUGACGUCAAUGACAACUCUCCGCAGUUUCUCAAUCUGCCUUUUUCAAUGAUGAUUUCUGAAGACACGGAUCCGGGAGACGUUUUGUAUCAAGCGACUGCUAUCGAUAGAGAUCUGGGAGAAAAUGGAUCCAUCAUGUACUCUCUGGAGGAUGACUACGACCUCUUCAGGAUAGAUCCUGAUGUCGGUGACAUCUCCCUCGAGAGACCUCUUGAUUUUGAAGCCCUGAACAAAUAUGUCUUGACGGUCGUGGCUACAGACGAUGGCGAGCCCGGUCACAGCACCACCGCUCAGCUCGGUGUUCAAGUGAGGAAUCGAACCAAUCCCAUUUUCCAGACUCUUCUCUACCCGUUGAAAGUUCCUGAAAAUGUACCGCCAUUCACAACCAUUCUGCACGUGCAGGCGAGGAACCCAGAAGGCUAUCGGAUCAUCUACAAUCUUGAGGAGGAAAACGCCUCCAAACAUUUUCACAUGGACUUCAAGACCGGCGUGCUGACCAUCACCAACCCUCUGGAUUACGAGAGCCAGACCAUGCACGUGUUGACAGUUCGUGCUACGGACGGCGUGACCGGAGCCUUCUCUGAAGCUUCCAUCGAAAUAGAAGUAGAAGACGUAAACGAUAAUGCCCCCGUGUUCUCACGUCUGACAUAUAAUGUAAAUAUUGCCGAAGGGCUCCCUGUUGACACGUCUGUGAUCCAGCUUUCUGCCACGGACAAAGAUUCUGGUAGAAAUCAAGAUGUGACCUACCAAAUAGUUGAAACGGAGGAGAACGAAGCUGGUUUCUUCGAGAUAAACCCAGAGACUGGGUUGAUUGUCACAAAACGAGUGCUGGAUUACGAAGACACCAACCAGUUUAAUUUAAAAAUCACAGCUAUGGACAAUGGGACUGUUCCUUUAAGCAGCGAGGCUUUUGUUUUUGUGAACGUCACCGAUGUCAAUGACAAUCCUCCAGACUUUGUCAGCUUCCCGUACAAUGCCAAGUUAGAUGAGAUGGCCAAAUGUGGUCACUUAGUGGUGAAAAUUCAAGCUUCAGACCCUGAUUCUACUGACCUAAAUAACCUCAAAUACAAGAUCCUGUCAGGCAACGAAGACCGGUCCUUCAACAUCAAUGAAUCCUCAGGGAUCAUUUCCUUUUCCAAUGUGUGCAAGAGGAAUUUGGAUCCGUACUACAACCUGACCGUGGCCGUGUCCGACGGAGUCUUUCAGAAAACUGCGCCGGUGAACAUAGAUAUGAUAAACAGCAACAGACACAGUCCGUACUUCAAGCAGAGCGUCUACGAAGCAGAGCUGGCUGAAAAUGCCGAGGCAGGCACUCGCGUGAUCCGACUGGCGGCGAUCGACCCGGACGACGGGCCGUACGGCAGCGUGGAUUACACCAUCAUCAACAAACUUGCCGAUGAGAAAUUCGCCAUCCACGAAGACGGGCAGAUUGUCACCACUCAGCCACUGGACAGAGAAACCCAGAGAGUCGUAGCCAUCAAGGUGAUGGCUAAAGACGGUGGCGGAAGGGUUGCAUUCUGCACCGUCAAAAUUAUCCUCACCGAUGAGAAUGACAAUGUUCCUCAGUUCAAAGCUACCGAAUACCAGGUUUCAAUUCAGUCCACUGUUAAUAAAGGCUCGCCGGUCAUUCAGAUCAUGGCCUACGAUGCCGACGACGGUAAAAACGCAGACGUCACCUACACUGUAGACGAAGCGGAAGAAGUGACAGAGGACAUCAUUGAGAUCAACCCCUUCAGCGGCGUUGUUAGCGUCAAGGAGAGUCUGGUUGGCAUGGAGAACAAGAUCUUCAAGUUUAAAGUCAAGGCCCGUGACGGCAGCCUCCCUUUUUAUAACUCGUCGGUCCCUGUUGAGGUGAAGGUGGUUCCUCCCGAGGUUCCCCUGCCCAAGUUCUCCGAGCCUCUCUACACCUUCUCGGCCGCGGAGGACUUUCCCGUCGGGACGGAGAUCGGCUCCGUGAGGGCGGACUCUUCUGACACGCCGCUCAUCUACAGCCUGGUGAACGGGAACACGGUGGAAAGCAACAGAGACAAAGUCUUCAGCUUGGACAAAGAGAGUGGAACUCUGCUGCUGCAGAAGACCAUCGACCACGAAAAGACCAAGUGGUACCAGAUCGAUGUGAUUGCUCAGGGGAGCCACAACGGGACGGACGUGGCAUCGCUGGUUUCUGUCAACAUCCAGGUCCAGGACGUGAACGACAACCAGCCCGUGUUCGACGCAAGUCCGUACAGAGCUUUCCUGGCUGAAAACAUGCCUGCAGGAACCACAGUCAUUCAGGUGACGGCCAGCGACCCGGACGCCGACACCAACGGCGCGGUGACGUACAGCCUGGAGUCUCUACCGGACGACCCGGUCCUGGACGUGGCCGCGGUGUUUUCCAUCGACGGAGACGCCGGCUGGAUCACCACGGUGCGCCCGGUCGACUGCGAGGCCACCAGGAUGUUCCGGUUCUACGUGGUCGCCGUCGACCACGGCGGCGACGUCAAGCUGUCGUCCAGCGUCGUCGUGGAGGUGAUGGUGACGGACGAGAACGACAACCCGCCCAAGUUCACCGACAGCACGUACCGCGGCUCCGUGGUGGAAAACGUCACGCCCUUUGAACCCGUCGUCUCCAUGACGACCACGGACGCUGACGUGUCUCUGAAGAACCGGCUCGUGACGUGUUACAUCACAGACGGAGACCCGUUGGGCCAGUUCGCCAUCAUCCAGGAGGACGACGACCAGUGGGGUCUGAUCGUGAAGGAGAGUCUGGACCGAGAGACCAGAGACAGAUACACGCUGAAGGUGAUGGCCACCGACGGGAAGUUUGAGGCUCUGAACACGAUCGACGUCCACGUGUUGGACGUCAACGACAACAGUCCCGUGUGUGACCAGGUGGCGUACACGGAGGUCGUGACCGAGAACUCGCCCACCGGACGGUUCGUGCUCAAAGCUUCGGCGUCAGAUCCAGAUGUCGGAGCGAACGGAGAGAUCUCGUACACGCUGCACGGUCCGGACGCAGACAAGUUCCAUCUGGAGCAAAGAACAGGGGAGCUGUUCACUCUGGCCGUGUUGGACCGCGAGAAGAACUCGGAGUUCAACCUGGUGGCGAAGGCGACGGACGGCGGCGGCCGGUCCUGCCAGGCCGACGUGCUGCUGCUGGUCCAGGACACGAACGACAACGCGCCCACUUUCUCCUCCAGCCACUACGAGGUCACCGUGUUCGACAACACCACGCUGCGCACGCCCGUCGCCGUCGUCUACGCCAAGGACCCGGACACAGGUAUAAACUCGGAGGUGAAGUAUUCCCUCCUGGCCGGCGACGACGGCUACUUCUCCCUGGACGAGUUCUCGGGCGUCCUGCGUCUGGAGCGACCUCUGACCCCCGACACCCCGCCCACCUUCGAGCUGAAGGUGAAGGCCACGGACCGCGGCCUGCCUCGCCACCUCUACUCCGUCGCCACGGUGACGGUGGACGUGGUCUCCCUGGACGACUACCAGCCCGUCUUCCUGAGCUCGGAGUACACGGCCCAGCUCCCAGAAUCCCUGGCGGUGGGCUCGGAGGUGCUGAGCGUCUCCGCGCUGACCAGAGACGGCGGCGGACCCGACCCCAUCUCGUACCGCAUCAUCUCCGGCAACAAGGACGGACGCUUCCUGCUGGACGCAAACACAGGUGUGGUGACUCUCGUGGCCCCCCUGGACUUCGAGGUUUCCCCGGAGUUCUACCUGUCCGUGGAGGGGAGUCGUGGGAAGUCGUCCCUCACCGACAUCACCACGGUGAUCAUCAACGUGACGGACGUCAACGACAACGCUCCCGCGUUCAGACGGGGCGACUACAGCACCGAGAUCUCUGAGGACCUGACGCCAGGAAGCCUGGUGAUGAAAGUGACGGCCACUGAUCAGGAUGGUCCGAUCAAUAAUCUACUGCGGUACAUGAUAGUAAGUGGAGACCCUCUGCAGCAGUUCUCCAUUCACCCUCGCAGCGGAGAGAUCACCGUCCGCACCGCGCUGGACAGAGAGGAGGUCCCGCAUUACUCUCUCACGGUGCAGGCGGCUGAUGAAGGCAGCCCUCCUCUGUCGUCGGCCGUCCUCGUCGCCAUCACCGUCACUGAUGUCAACGACAACCCGCCCAUCUUCUCGCAGGUCAACCACAGUCUCCUGCUGCAGGAGGGCGAGUCCGCCGGCAGCAGCUUCCUCCAGCUCGUGGUGACGGAUAAAGACACGCCCAAGAACGGGCCGCCUUUCUCCUUCCACAUCGUCAGCGGCAACGAGGACCGGCGUUUCCAUGUGGACCAGGGGGGCCUGCUGUCGCUCUCUGCUCCGCUCAAGAAGAAGAGCAAACCCCAGCAUCUACUCAAGAUACAGGUGACGGAUAGCGGCCACCCUCCCCUGUCUUCCAUCUGUGUGGUCAACAUCAACGUGACGGAGCAGAGCAAGUAUCCUCCCUCCGUCCUGCCCCUGGAGGUUUUCAUCACCACCGCAGGGGGCUUGUUCGCCAACAGGGUCGUGGGCCGGGUCCACGCGUCGGACCAAGACCUGCAGGACGUUCUGACCUACAAACUGUUGUCGCAAAGCCCCGACGAUGAAAGGUUCUCCAUCGAUGGGACUGACGGCAAGAUCUGGGCCGAUGAAAGUCUGGAGGAGGGCUCGUACGCCCUGAACGUCAGCGUGAGCGACGGGAAGUUCAGCGUGUGGACCGGGGUCCGGGUCCACGUGUGGGCGGCGGACCAGCGGGCCCUGGACUCCGGCCUGACGCUGGAGCUGGCCGGGAUCUCCCCGGAGGAGUUCCUGGGAGAUCACUGGAGAGGUCUGCAGCGCAGCCUGGGCCAGGCCCUGGACCGGCCCAGGCAGGAACUGUACCUGGCCAGCCUGCAGCAGCCGCCCGGCGCCGGCGUCCUGCAGGCCCUGCUGGUGCUGAAGCCUCGGGACGGACCGGCACGCUCCUUUCCAACCCAUAAACUUGCAGGGAUUAUCUCGGACAUCGAGGACGCCCUGGGCCUCAGCAACCUCCGCGUGAGCCACAACGGAUGUCUGGGCACGGGCUGUCCUCCGCGCGGCUGCAGGAACGCAGUGCUGUUGUCGGGGGAGAAACUGAGCCAUUUCACCACCGCCAGAGCCGGUUACAUCACCCCGCAGCACGCCUGGGAGAGCGUCUGUCCCUGCAACGGGUCGGCGCUGAGGUUCGACAGGACGUCCUACCUGAAGUUCGUCCACCGGCUGGACGAGGACAGUCAGCAGUUCACGCUCUCGCUGAAGUUCAGGACGUUCCAGGGCGACGGACUCGUCGCGUCCUCCAGCAGCGCCAGCGACUGGGGAGCUUUACAGCUGGCUAACGGAGAGCUGCAGUUCCGAUACAGAUGUGGACAGUCGUCCCCCGGGAUUCUGCUGGUCCGAUCCCCGCCGCUGUCCGACGGCCGCUGGCACAGCGUCCUGCUGGAGGUCAACGCCACCGCGCUGCGCCUGACGGUGGACGGGCAGCACCCGGCGUCUGUGGCGCUGCCGGCGCCGUGCCGCCUGCUGCGCUCCCACGGCGCGCUGCUGUUCGCCUCCGCCCCCGAGGAGCCCGGGGAGCCCAGCCAGCUCGGCCGGCAGAACUUCACCGGCUGCCUGGACAGCCUGACGUUCAACGGGCGGGCCAUCGCGGCGGGGGACGCGGCGGAGUGGAGCGGCCCCGGGGCCCGGAGCGUGUUCGGGGUGUACCGCUGCUGCGGCCGGGCGGGAGGCUGCGACGGAGAGCCCUGCAUGAACGGGGGCGUCUGCAAAGAGGACCCUGCUGGAGAAGCGCGCUGCUGGUGUUCCGGACUCUUCCACGGGGCCCGGUGCGAGCUGGCCAACAACCCGUGCGCCUCGCAGCCCUGCGCCCACGGCCGGGUGUGCGUCCCCAAGGCCCAGGGUUACAUGUGCAACUGCUCGCUGGACGACGCUGACGCCAGAUGCCACAACGAGGUGGAAGUGUGCUCUCCCAACCCCUGCCCCGGCGGCUUCGACUGCAGAGUCACAGACGGCUUGCUGCACUGUGACCCGCUGCCUCAGGUUUCUCCAAUGAUCGGUUACGUGGAGAUCAUGGAGAUUUGUGCCAGCGUACUGGGAUUAGUCCUCCUGGUCGGCUUCUUCGUCUGCUUAAGGAAACGCUACGUGAAGCAGAAGAAGAAGAAGCCCGUCUGCGUCCAGGACUCCAACGGCUAUUUCCAGCCCAGCAUGACCAAGGGCCUGAGCGUCGACUCCCAGGACACCAACCCCAUCGAGAUGAGCUCCCUGGUGAGCUCCAGCAACAACCUGGACCUCACGCCGUUCCAGUCCCUGAGGCCCCGCAGCUCGUCGGGGAGGAGGUCGCCCAGGACGCAGCGGCCCGUCGUCUGCAGCGUGGCUCCCAACCUGCCCGUCCGGCCGCCCUCCAGCUCCGACAACGACUCCAUCCGGAAAAGUCACAUGGGCAUGGACUAUGAAGUUUACCCGGCAGACCCGGACUAUUACGGCCGGCCCUCAGUCCGGGAGUUUCCCCAGUUCGACAUUGGGGAGGACGCGUUCUCCACGUCCACCAUGGACUCCCGCAGGAGCUCCCGCUUCGGCGGCUUCCCGUUCCCGCUGGACCGGUGCGACCGCCGCGCGCCGCUGCCGCCGUGCUACAGCAACCAGAACCUGGACGACUUCCUGGGCCCGGACGGGCUCCCCCUGCCGAGCUCCCAGUGCCCCAACGAGUACACGGCCAUCAGCUACUACCCCACGCAGCACGCCCGCAGCCUGGACAACGUGUCCGGCGGCUACAAGAGACUCAGCAUGCGGCUGAGCGUGGCCAUGCCCUCGUACGCCGAGCACGUCAGCGCGGCGCUGCCGCCGCCGCCGCCCAACCCGGCCCAGCCCCAGACCCGGCCCGCCGGGCCGAACCCGCGCGGCUACGACGGCUCCAGCAUGGUGGAGAGCGACUACGGAAGCUGCGAGGAGGUCAUGUUUUAGGACGGGUUCACUUCCGUCAGCCGCUCCUCCUUUCCAACGGCAGCUUUACAGGACUGUCUCAGAAAAUUAGAAUAUUGUGAUAAAGUUCUUUAUUUUCUGU